AGUAUAUAACCUUGCCAACAAUUCUUAAAUUCACAAAUCACCACAAUUCAUCAACAUCCGAUUCCAACAAAGCACCGAAAUCUCAACAAUAAUCUAGUGUUCGAAAUGGACGCAAGCAAACAGACCAAGAAAGGAGCAGGAGGAAGGAAAGGAGGAGGUCCAAGGAAGAAGUCAGUGACCAGAUCCGUUAGAGCUGGUCUUCAAUUCCCAGUUGGAAGAAUCGGUCGAUUCUUGAAGAAAGGUAGAUAUGCUCAACGUGUUGGUACUGGCGCUCCUGUUUACUUGGCUGCAGUUCUCGAAUAUCUCGCUGCUGAGGUUCUUGAGUUGGCUGGAAAUGCAGCACGUGACAACAAGAAGAAAAGUAUCAGUCCAAGACAUUUGUUGUUAGCUGUGAGGAAUGAUGAAGAGCUUGGAAAAUUGCUUGCUGGUGUUACCAUUGCUCGUGGUGGUGUUCUACCUAACAUCAACCCGGUGCUUUUGCCUAAGAGGACUGAAAGUGCUGCUGCCAGUACUCCUAAGUCUCCAUCAAAGGCCAAGAAAUCUCCAAAGAAGGCUUAGAGUAGUUUUCGGAUUUGUGUGUAUAACUGAUCUCUAGGUCUUUCUUAUGUAGCAUAAUGAUUUAUUGCUAUUAGAGAAAAUGUAAUUCGAGUUCACUGUCCUCUGAUUAAGUAUAAUAUGAUAAAUUCAGUCGAAACAACUUGCUUCAA